AUGGCAUGUUUAGCUCAACCUCCAUUCAUGAUGUCUACCAAUUCAGUUCCCAGAGUCCGCUCCCCAAUGCAGAAAGUGUUGAAAACCUCACAUGCAGUACAUUUACACACUCUGUCUCACAUUCGGAUGAAACAUUCCCCUGUUCGCUGCACAAAACUGACUCGCUGGGAGCCCUCAUCUGCCACAUACACCCCCACCGAGAGUGCUGAUGACAGCAUCUUAAAUAAAACCACCAACAUAUUUGAAACCCUUUCUUCAGUUAGCACUGAUGAAGCACAAGAAACCAACAGUGAAAAGCGUAUUGAUGCAAGUAAUCAGACAAGACCAGAGGUUCAGUUCCUCAAAUGGCCAAUGUGGCUCUUGGGACCUUCUCUUCUCCUCAUCACUGGCAUGGUGCCAACUUUGUGGCUACCGCUAUCAUCCAUAUUCCUCGGCCCCAACAUAGCCAGCCUGCUUUCCUUGGUCGGACUUGAUUGCAUAUUUAAUCUUGGUGCAACCCUUUUUCUCCUCAUGGCUGAUUCUUGUGCUCGCCCCAAACUCCCAGAACAAGCCUGUAAAAGCAAGCCUCCCUUUAGCUACCAGUUUUGGAAUAUGGUUGCAACUGUGACUGGAUUUAUCAUUCCCCUGAUGAUGGCUUUUGGAUCCCAAAAGGGUUUCCUCCAACCCCAGCUGCCUUUGAUCUCAUUUUCAGUUCUAUUGGGUCCCUACCUUCUGCUUAUUUCAGUACAGAUACUGACUGAGAUGCUGACUUGGCAUUGGCAGUCACCAGUUUGGCUGGUGACCCCUGUAGUGUACGAGGCUUACCGGCUGUUGCAGCUGAUGAGGGGAUUGAAGCUUGGAACUGAGCUCAGUGCACCAGCAUGGAUGAUGCAUGCAAUUAGGGGACUGGUGUCCUGGUGGGUGCUAAUUCUUAGUAUGCAGCUGAUGAGAGUUGCUUGGUAUGCAGGCUUUACUUCUCGAACUCGUCAUCAGCAACAGCGGCCUUCUGAUGAUGACUAG